AUGUACGAAGAUAGAAUUGAAUAUAGGUAGUAUCAGUAAAAAUAAACUUAAAAUUAAAACGAGCCUAAGCGGAUUAACACAUAGCAUUUAGAUUCACUGAUUAACAGACAACCUUCUCAUCAAAUAAAAAAUAUAAAACCAUUCGAUAAAAACAUAGAAUUGAAAUUUAUAGUCCUUUCAAAGAGUCCUCCUAUAAAAACAAAGCAAGGAACGAUAAUGACUCCAAUGAUAAUAGCAGAUUCUACAGGAUGUAUUUAAAUGAAUGUCUUUGACGAUUACGGUACUUUUAUAUAAGAAAGCAACACAUGCUACACAUAAAACGCAUAUGCAACCAUGUACAAAGAUAGACUUAUUCUAUAUUAAGGAAAAUAAGGGAUAUUAAAGUAGCUUUCUGAUUACUUUUUCGAUUUUAAGACAAAACCAAAUAUUAGUGAUCAAAAUUGGUCUGAAUAUUUGGCUUCAAAAUAGAAUAAUAAUAUGAAUUGA